AGCUAGGUGGAGUUAGUUGAUGUCCUUUUAAGCUUGCAAAUUUUUUUUGGACACUUCUUGAGCAGCUGUGCAACUGGAGUGAAAGCACACACACACACACACACACACACACACGCUGUCCUCUCUCUCUCUCUCUCUCUCUCUUUCUCUUCACUCACUGGCUUACAUCCCAGCAUAACGAGCCUGAGCUCAGUUGGUAUUUUUAAUCCCAGUUUGACAUUUCUAACCAUGGCAGACUCCAUGCAGACUGAAGAGCAGGAGAAUCCCGAGGUCGCCGAGCCACAGGAGCAAGAUGAAGCCACCCUGAAACAAGAGCCCCAGUUCAAUGGGGUCCUGGUACUCAGCCUCCUGGACAAAGUGAUGGGUAUGGUCGACAAGAUCCAAACCAGCCAGCAGCAGCUGGAACAGCGGCAUCUGGAGAUGGAAACUGCUGUGUACCACAUCCAAAACGAGCUGAGCAAAUUGACCAAAUCACAUGCCACCGCCAGCAACAGCGUGGACAAGAUGCUUGAGAAGAUUCGGAAAGUCAAUGUCAAUGUGAAGACCAUCAAGUACAACAUGGAGAAGCAAGGUGCGCAGAUCAAAAAGCUCGAGGCAAAUGAAGCCACGCUAUUGAAACGGAAUAACUUCAAAGUAAUGAUUUACCAGGAUGAAACACCAAUGCCUGCAAAACUGAGCCUGAGCAAAUCUGUGAAGGAACACAUGAAAGCACCAGAAGGAAGUGAAGAAGGAAGAGAGCUUGUGGUCAAUGAGAACCACCCUGAAGGUGAAGCAAUCUCACUUUCCUCCGAUGAAGAGGUGGAACUCGAAGUCAUUGAAGAGGAGACAACCGCAGUCCGCCUGAAAAGAAGCAGCAUGAAGCGUGUGGAUGAUUUCAAGAAGGCUUUCUCCAAAGAGUCAAUGGAAAAAGCUAAGCAAAGGACAAGGGAUAACCUACAGAAGACCAAGCUGAAAACCAAGGUGAAUAUGGAGAAAACCAAACAAGCAACAAGGGAAAAUCUGCAGAAGACGAAGCACAACUUUGAAAAGAAAAUGAACAAGCUUGGCAACAAGAUUGUAACUCAAGAAAGGAGAGAGAAGCUGAGGGACUCAAGAGCAAGACUGAAGAAGUCCUUUACGCCAGAUCAUCAGAAAACAGCGAGGUGUCGGACAACCGUCUACAGAAUUCCACCAUUUACAUUUUGGGUUAAGAAGAUGAGAGAUGGAGAUGUGGUGGUCCAAGAGGUGGAGAUGAUGGAAGGCCAGGGAGAGGAACACAUGAUAGAAAAUGAAGACAAUACUGAGCUCCUUAUUGAAGAAAUCCCUGAGGAAUCACUGGAGGAAGACAGAGAUUCAGAGGAGACCGAACUUCUACUGAUUCAGAAAAGAGGAAUUGAGUAAUGACUGUAUUUAGUGGAUGUGAAGUCAUGUGAUUCUUGCUCGUUGGCUAAAGCAAAUGAAUCGAAGUUGAGGAGUGAGAAGUUUCGGGAAUAGUUGAUUGUUAAAGAAUGGGUAAAUUAAGAAAUGGUUGUUAUGCAAACUGGUAAUCUUAGUCUUGGUUCCAGCAACUCAUGACCAGCAAGCAUUGCUUUGAUUAAAUAAAGCAUGCUGUGUCUUCUUCCCUGGUAAAAUACUGAACAGAAUUCAAUGUUUAAAUCAUUGCAGUUUGAAGAAACAGCCUUCUAAAUAUAUACUUAUGCCUUUUUAAUAUGAAAUUAUGAGCAAAUUAAGUAAUAGUUCAACGUGAAGGGGAUCCAUGUUGUUUUCACCGUAAUAAACAUAUUUUUAAAAAUUGACGCUUGCUUUCCGAUCUGAUAUGAAAAAUUACAAUCUUGAGAAUGCUAAUAGGUUGUAUUUUGGGGGAGAAGCUUGUACAUAAUGAAAAUUUUUAAAGGUAAAGACAUUUUUUGAACUAUUAUGAAGAUUAAUGGAAGUCAUUAUCAACCAGAGUGUAUUUUCUUUUGGAAUUCAUAAUCUUAUUUUAUUAAUUAAUUACUUUUCCCAAGAAACAUUAGACAUGAUAUUGGGCUGGCCAACUCUAUCAAACAACAAGAAACCUAACUGCAGCAAUAUUAGUAAAGCUUAGUGAAAAGUGAGAUGUUAUUUGCCUUCGUUUCCAGUUGGAGACAAAUAUCAUUAGAUCUGGAACACUGUCAUCCGGAACUAGAUUAUCAAGCAGGAAUGCAGAAUAAAAUGUAGAUCGAUAGUCUUUCUAAAGUAAGUUUAUAGUACAUUAGCUUGUGGUAACAGCUGAAAGUGUUGAACAAAUAGACAAAACAGGCCAGGCUGUUAAGAGCUAAAUUAACCUUGUUAUAAGCCAGGAAUAGAUUUGGCACAUUAGGAUGUAAAAAGAAGGCCAGAGAAUGGGGAACGAUUCAGAAGAUUAUUAUGCAUCAUAUUAUUUUGGCAAUAGAACUUCUUAAAAGUACAACAAAAUGUUGCUCUUGCCAACAAGUGAGAAUGACAUCUUGUAUGGCAUCAUUGCUUUUUGUCUAUAUAAAAUGAAACAUGUUCUGCAUUCAUCACAUAGCUGGCGUAUCAAUUACAUGGCCUAUCUUACCUUUGCAGUCUUGUUUAAUUUGCUUUUAUACACAGUAACCAUAGUAAUAGGCAGAGGUGUAGCACAUUGCAUGUCACUGUCAUUAAAACUGCAUCACUCAUAUAGUAAGUUCAUUUAGAAUUUAUAUACAUUAUGACAUCAAUUUCCCAUUAGCAGCUACUCAAAAGUCAUAGAAAAUAGUUGAUGCUUUGUGGAAGUAACCUUUUGAUUGCUGCAAAGGAGAUUUUGCACCAUAGCCAAAUGCCUUUAAACAUAUUCCUUUAGUCUAUAAUUUUACAGUGUUUAGUCAUACACUACUGUUUUUAAACUGCAUUCAGAAAUAUACAAGGCUAUUUUGCAUUUAUCUAAAAUCUAUUAAAAAUCUUAUAUCUACACAUACCAUUACCUUUUUGCUAUUAUAAAUUCAUCUGUGUAUAUUUGUACUGAAAAUACCAGCUAUGAACCUGUCCUGGUGCAAUGACAUCUUCCCACCACUAUAAGCUUCGUGGUAACAUCGUUAGAGACUUGUCAUCACAGCACAACCACUUCUUGUCAGCAGUACCCAUUAUAAAUGUAGACAGAGCAAGUUUUAACAAAAAUAUAAAACUAAGCACAAAAUAAAUAACUUCAAAAUGACAACUGAAUUACAACUAUACUCUGUUAUUCAACCACCAGCUUCCCAUUGAUACUGCUUCCCAUAACAGGGUACAAGAAAUGCUCAGUCUUGACUGAUCAUGUGUAACACCCUAACUAAGGUUUUCCAAAACAAAAUUAGAAGCAAAUCGUAAGUGGUUAUUUAGCCUUGAAAUUAUACUGUACAAUAGCUACAAAUGAAAACUUAAUGUAUUUCAUAUGAAAUUCUGUCAUUUGCUAAUAUAAUUAGUUCAUUUGUUUUUAAGUCAUUGGUUAUUUUCUCUGCUCAACUAACAGACAAAGAAAUUUCACACAAAUUUGUAAAAUUCUUAAAGACAAUACAGUGCCAUAUAACUUCAAAGUUGAUAUUUCAAAUGUUUAUUUAGUUUGGAUUCCAUAAACAGACUUAUGCUGGUAUUGCAUGGUAUUUGGAAGUAGACAGUUCCAGUAUUUUGCAAUUAUAUAUUUUGUGACUUGUAAAUAAUUAACAUGUUGCAAGCACUAUAUUUGAAAAAUGCACAAAAAUGUAUCUAAUAUUUAAAUGCUUUCUGCCUGCUGGAAACAGUGUAACAUCAUAACUUGUAAGGAAUUGGAAAAGGCCAUUAGGGCUAAUGUGCCUGACCUAAAUAAAUGUCAAACAGACUCAGCUCUCACCAUAGAUAGCAAGGUGUGGAGCUGGAUGAACACAGCAAGCCAAGCAGCAUCUUAGGAGCAGGAAAGCUGACGUUUCAGGCCUAGACCCCGAAAUGUCAGCUUUCCUGCUCCUAAGAUACUGCUUGGCCUGCUGUGUUCAUCCUGCUCUACAUCUUGUAAUCUCGGAUUCUCCAGCAUCUGCAGUUCCUACUAUCUCCAUCACAGCUCUCACCAUAUAUCACAAUCCCACCAACCCCUUCCCCCCACCCUCAACCUUUCCAAAAGCAUACCGAAAUGUCUAUUUGUUGCAUUUAUACUGUCAGUUUCAAUGGUCUUUACUAUUCCACAAUAUACCUCCUGUUGACCAUUUUUCUGUCACUGCACAUCUCGGAUAAUCAGUGAUGCUCCAAUGUGCUUUGAUAUCUCUUUGCAUCUUAUAAUUUCUUGUUUAAAUUAGGUUAUAUUUAUGGAUAUAUGAUUUGAUUUUAUUUCAAUGCAGUUUUGUCCAAAUGCAAAGCAAGUAAUAGCUGUCCCAUGCUUGUAGUAAGUACUUUUCAGCAAAAUCCAAAUUUUCAAAGUGUACAUUUCCACCAAGAGUCAAUAUCAGUCUGAAUGCAAACCAAUAAAUGGAUAACAUGUAUUGGUAAAAUUUAUGACUGUAUCUUGGAGAUCAGCAUGAAGCAAGAAAACAGAUAACAUGUAAUAUCUGUAUGAAAGAAGCGUACAGAAAAACAGAAUUGAUAUUUAGCUUAUAACUUUUUCAAUACAACAGCAGUGUUUAUGAAUAUACACUUCACAGCAGAUUUUAAAUCUUUGCCUUCUAUAUAUUGUGUUUUUAAUGUGGGCAAAUGCUUAACAAUUCAUAAUAAAAACAAUCUCAUAUACAAGAA